CUUUUAUAACCUUUUUUUAUUUAAAAUCAUUUGUUGACCAAUCACAGACCAAAUCUGAGCAACACGGCCAAUUAAAUCAUACCAACCAACAUCUGCUAGGAGCGGGUCACACCUUGAUGUGAUGACCUGAGGUAGUGGUCUGACUCACUCUGAACAGACAAAUUAUCACAGAGAUAUAUUACACAUCACACACUACAUCCAUUUAGAAGGCAUCAAAGUUCCCACCAGAGAACAAGUUCCAGAUAGAUACCAAACACGGGUCCAAAAGGUGUUAUAUUCUAACACACAUUUUUAAAAGACAGUUCUUUGGAUUCUUUGUUGUUUGCAAUUCAAUUAUUCAAAGAACUCUGUCAUGUGUGAGCAUGUCUCCAAUGGAUACGUAGAGCCUGUGUGGUUUUUGGUGAAAUGUUUGUCCAAUGUGUGGUUAUGUAUACCAAAGGAAAAACGUCAGUGCCUGUUACUGCUUGUUUGAACACAGCCCAGCACUAUUCACUGACUGCAGAAUGUGUUUAUAUUAGCUAGAUGUAGCAGAAGAUAACAACUCAUAUUCUGAUACUAAAGUCAUAAAAGCAUACUCGUCAGGCUACUGUUGAAUCAUUUCCGUGUUCUGAGCUAGUAAUCUACUGUACAGUGACACAUGUUAUUAAAAUGCAAUAAUGAAUAAUGGCAUUACUAAUUGAUUCAGUAAAAUUAGCCGGGCCUAAUUUAAAUUGUUAGGCUACUAUUCAGAAUUGAAUACUGUUAAUGGAUAAAAAUGCAUUCACAAUUCAUUAGCUAACUAAGGUUCAAACUAAAACAAAUGAUUACAGCGAGAUCUCCAUGAUCUGCACAGGUUUAAGGCUGUCAACUUCUCUGAACCCCUCCCUGUUUGACAACCGUCUGGUGUGUCCCCCUGGCAACCGCUCUGGCGCUCUGUAGUACCUGCCUCCUUCCUGAGGGAAGCAUCAACCUACGACCCAACGGAACACCGAGCGUCUUGUACAAACUUGCCCCCUCGGAGGGAAAGCUCUUACCACACCUAGAUGCCAAAUAACUGACCAUGAGCCAGGCUAUCAGAGCCGUAGGCACUAUGAACGACAAGUACCACCGGGCAGCCCGGGAUGGCUACCUGGACCUACUCAGAGAGGCCACUCGGAAGCAGCUCAACGCGCCCGAUGAAGACGGAAUGACACCGACGUUAUGGGCUGCGUACCACGGCAACCUUGACGCGCUCCGGCUCGUUGUGGAAAGAGGAGGUGACCCUGACAAGUGUGAUAUCUGGGGCAACACGCCGCUCCAUCUGGCCGCCGCCAACGGCCACCACAGCUGCCUGUCCUUCCUGGUAUCGUUCGGUGCCAAUGUGUGGUGCCUGGACAACGACUACCACACGCCCCUUGACAUGGCUGCCACCAAGAGCCACAUGGACUGUGUCCGAUACCUGGACUCCAUCGCCGCCAAGCAGUCUGUUCACAACCCCAAGCUGGUGGGCAAGCUGAAAGACAGAGCGUUCCGCGCGGCAGAAAGGAGGAUAAAGGACUGUGUGAAGCAGCAGCAGAAACACCACCGGCGGCUGGAGAGAAUGUUCCUGAAGGAGAGCGUAACGUCGGAUAACUCAGACGCCAUGAGUUUCUCUAGUUAUAACAGCAGCAGCACGCUAAGCCGCACGCUUCCUCAGUUCAACGCGGUCACUUCCAACAUGCCAUACUCACAGGCCACUGUACACUCCACAACCAAGGGGAGGACCAAGAUUCACAAGAAGCUGGAGAAGAAGAAACAGGUGGACGGCACCUUCAAGAUCUACGAAGAUGGGAGGAAGAGUGUACGUUCGCUGUCUGGCCUUCAGCUUGGCCAGGACGUCAUGUUCCUCAAGCAGGGCACUUACGCCAACUCUAAGGACCACUCGCGCCUCAACAUCCGGGACAUGUUCCCUCACCACGGCAACAACCACGAUCACCAUGACAACGACCACUACGAUGACGAUGAACGUGCCGACACCCUCUUCCACAUCUCCCGUGCCAUCAGCGACCCGGUUCUCCACGAGGCCGCCUACUCCGAGAUCAGCACUGACUCGGGCCGUGACUCCCUUUUCACCCGGCCCGGUCUUGGAACCAUGGUGUUCCGACGGAACUACGUCUCCGAUGGCCUCUUCGGCAUUGGAGCCCGGGACGAGGGUUCCGUGGCUGGCUCCGAGCCGGUGGGCCGUGCCCCUAACGUCCACCUCCGUGGCCGUCUCCCCCGGCGCCAGCCCAGCCUGGAUGAUGCAAUAAAGAUAGACAGAAUCAUGAGCGCCCUGAGCCUCCCGGAGAGGACCCUGCAGGAGCUGCCCUGGGAGGAGGCUGACGUGGGCCUGGACGAGGAGCUGCCCUGGGUGGAGACUGACGUGGGCCUGGACGAGGAGCUGGAGUCUGAGAGUGGACGCCUGGAGACUUUCCUGGCCUCCCAGAGCCUGGGGGAGUUCAUGCCCAUUUUCAGGAGGGAGAAGAUUGACCUCGAAGCUCUGUUGUUCUGCUCAGACCAGGAACUGACCUCCAUACACAUCCCACUGGGACCCAGGAAGAAGCUGCUAAAGGCCUGUAAGAGACGGCUGGACACCCUGGAGGAACCAGAGGGAAUCAAGGACACUGAGCUCUGACGAGAGAUGACAUGGUGACAUCUGGAUACUUUACUGUCAUUCAAGAUGACACACAGAGUCCUGUCUGACUAUCAGCUCAAGUCCAUGGAGAAGGCUGUGGCCUGCCUA